CCCGCUCCUUGGCCAGCAGCCGCAUGUCCGGGCCCCGGGGAGAAAGAGGGCAGGACCCCCCCUGCCAAAACCUCCGCAGAAGUGGCAACAACUCGCGUGACGGGCUUGCAGCGCCCAGGGAGGGGGAGGCCCCCAUGCAGGAUGCGGGGGGCGUCUGUUCCGGCGGCCCCGGGGGUGCUGGAGACAGAUGGGGGCCGGGCCUGCUCCGGGGCGAGAUUGAAUUUGGAGGGUCUGGGAAGAAGCGAGGCAAGUUUGUGAAGGUGCCCAGCAGUGUGGCCCCAUCCGUGCUCUUCGACCUCCUGCUGGCCGAGUGGCACCUGCCGGCCCCCAACCUGGUGGUGUCGCUGGUCGGCGAGGAGCGGCCCUUUGCCGUGAAGUCGUGGCUGCGGGACGUCCUGCGCAAAGGGCUGGUGAAGGCGGCUCAGAGCACAGGCGCCUGGAUCCUGACCAGUGCACUCCGGGUGGGCCUCGCCCGCUAUGUCGGGCAAGCUGUGCGUGACCAGUCGCUGGCCAGCACGUCCACCAAGGCCCGCGUGGUGGCCAUCGGCAUCGCCCCGCUGGGCCGUGUGCUGCACCGUCAGCUGCUGGACGAUGCCCAGGAGGACAGCCCUGUUCGCUACCCCAUGGAUGACAGUGGCGGCCAGGGCCCCCUCUGCCCCCUGGACAACAACCACUCCCACUUCAUCCUGGUGGAGCCGGGCCCGCCUGGGAAGGGUGACGGGCCCACGGAGCUGCGGCUGAGGCUGGAAAGGCACAUCUCGGAGCAAAGGACUGGCUACGGGGGCACGAGCAGCAUCGAGAUCCCCGUCCUCUGCCUGCUGGUCAACGGCGACCCCAGCACCCUGGAGAGGAUCUCCAGGGCUGUGGAGCACGCCGCGCCGUGGCUCAUCCUGGCGGGCUCUGGGGGCGUCGCCGACGUGCUGGCCGCCUUGAUGCACCAGCCCCAGCUCCUGGUGCCCCAGGUGGCUGAGAAGCAGCUCAGAGAGAAGUUCCCCAGCGAGCACUUCUCCCGGGAGGACAUCCUGCACUGGACAGCCCUGCUGCAGAACAUAGCCUCGCACCCGCACCUGCUCACCGUGCAUGACUUCGAGCAGGAGGGCUCCGAGGAGCUGGACACCGUGAUCCUCAAGGCGCUGGUGAAAGCCUGCAAGAGCCACAGCCAGGAGGCACAGGACUACCUGGACGAGCUGAAGCUGGCUGUGGCCUGGGACCGUGUAGACAUUGCCAAGAGCGAGAUUUUCAACGGGGACGUGGAGUGGAAGUCCCAUGACCUGGAGGAGGUGCUGAUGGACGCGCUGGUGAACAACAAGCCCGAGUUCGUGCGCCUCCUCGUGGACAACGGCGCCGACGUGGCGGACUUCCUGACCUACGGGCGGCUGCAGCAGCUCUACCGCUCCGUGCGCCCCAAGAGCCUGCUCUUCGACCUGCUGCAGCGCAAGCUCGAGGAGGGCCGCCUGACGCUGGGGCUGGGCGCGCAGCCGGCCCGGGAGCCGCCCGCCGGGCCGCCCGCCUUCUCCCUGCACGAGGUGUCGCGGGUGCUCAAGGACUUCCUGCACGACGCCUGCCGCGGCCUCUACCAGGCGGAGAGGGGCCCGGCCAGGCGGCCCCCGGGCCAGAAGGGGCUGCUGGACCUGACGCAGAGGAGCGAGAACCCCUGGAGGGACCUGUUCCUGUGGGCUGUGCUGCAGAACCGCCACGAGAUGGCCACCUACUUCUGGGCCAUGGGCCAGGAGGGAGUGGCGGCCGCUCUGGCCGCCUGCAAGAUCCUCAAAGAGAUGGCCCACCUGGAGACAGAGGCCGCGGCGGGCCGCACGCUGUGCCAGGCCAAGUACGAGCAGCUGGCGCUGGGUGAGCACCGCGGCGGGGCCCGGGCCCUCCCCGAAACCCUCCCAGAGGGGCAGACGGCACCCGUGAUGGGGACGCAGCUCCCCGCCUCAGGCACACACCCCGCCGGGCGGGGACCCCGAGGGGGAGGUUCCCAUGGUCCUGCGGGGGGACGGCCAGGCGGGGCGGGCCGCAUCCACGUGGCAGCCCCCGGGGGGUGGGCUCCGGGCAGGGCCCAGCUCGCCAGCUGGGGGCAGAGGAGGAGGGCGGGCGGGGGCCGGGCCUGGGCGUCCGUGGCAGUGGCCGCGCCCUCGGCAGACCUGUUCUCCGAGUGCUACGGCAACAGCGAGGAGCGCGCCUUUGCUCUGCUGGUGCGCCGGAACCGCUCCUGGAGCAGGACCACCUGUCUGCACCUGGCCACCGAGGCCGAUGCCAAGGCCUUCUUUGCCCACGAUGGGGUGCAGGCCUUCCUCACCCGGAUCUGGUGGGGCGACAUGGCCUCGGGCACCCCUGUCCUGCGGCUGCUGGCCGCCUUCCUCUGUCCGGCCCUCAUCUACACCAACCUCAUCACCUUCAGGGAGGAGGCCCCUCUGCGGACAGGCCUGGAGGACCUGCAGGAGCUGGACAGUCUGGACACGGAGAAGAGCCUGCUGUGCAGCCCGGGCAGCCGGGCAGAGGCGCGGGCCGUGGCGCCGAGGACUCGGGGCAGCCGGGGCCCGCACGCGGCCUUCCUGCUCACGCGCUGGCGGAAGUUCUGGGGCGCGCCCGUGACCGUGUUCCUGGGCAACGUGCUCAUGUACUUCGCCUUCCUCUUCCUCUUCUCCUACGUGCUGCUGGUGGACUUCCGGCCGCCCCCGCAGGGGCCGUCGGGGCCCGAGGUCACGCUCUACUUCUGGGUGUUCACGCUGGUGCUGGAGGAGAUCCGGCAGGGCUUCUUCACGGACGAGGACACGCACCUGGUGAAGAAGGUCAUGCUGUACGUGGAGGACAACUGGAACAAGUGCGACAUGGGGGCCAUCUUCCUCUUCAUCGCGGGCGUCACCUGCAGGGUGCUGCCGUCGGGGUUCGAGGCCGGCCGCACCAUCCUGGCCGUGGACUUCAUGGUGUUCGCGCUCCGGCUCAUCCACAUCUUCGCCAUCCACAAGCAGCUGGGCCCCAAGAUCAUCAUCGUGGAGCGGAUGAUGAGGGACGUCUUCUUCUUCCUCUUCUUCCUGAGCGUGUGGCUCGUGGCCUACGGCGUGACCACCCAGGCGCUGCUGCACCCCCACGACGGCCGCCUGGAGUGGAUCUUCCGCCGCGUGCUCUACCGGCCCUACCUGCAGAUCUUCGGGCAGAUCCCCCUGGACGAGAUCGACGAAGCCCGCGUGAACUGCUCCGUGCACCCGCUGCUGCUGGAGGGCUCGCCCUCCUGCCCGAACCUCUAUGCCAACUGGCUGGUCAUCCUCCUGCUGGUCACCUUCCUGCUGGUCACCAACGUGCUGCUCAUGAACCUGCUCAUCGCCAUGUUCAGCUACACGUUCCAGGUGGUGCAGGGCAACGCGGACAUGUUCUGGAAGUUCCAGCGCUACCACCUCAUCGUGGAGUAUCACGAGCGCCCGGCCCUGGCCCCGCCCUUCAUCCUCCUCAGCCACCUGAGCCUGCUGCUCAAGCGGGUCUUCCGGAAGGAGGCCGCGCAGAAGCGGGCGCACCUGGAGAGAGACCUGCCGGAGCCCCUGGACCAGAAGGUGGUCACCUGGGAGGCGGUGCAGAAGGAGAACGCGCUGGGCAAGCUGGAGAAGCAGCGGAAGGACAGCGGGGAGGAGCUGCUUCGAAAGACGGCCCACAGGGUGGACUCCGUAGCCAAGUACCUGGGGGCGCUGAGAGAGCAGGAGAGGCGGGUCAAGCGGCUCGAGUCUCAGGUCAACUACUGCACAGUGCUCCUGUCCUCCGUGGCCGACACGCUGGCCCAGGGCAGCGCCUACUGGAGCUCUUGGAACUUCAGCAGUGGGAGCCCACAGGCUUCUGCUGACGGAGGAGGGCGCCUGAGCGGCAGGGAGCACCCAGAGGCCAGGCCACCGCCCUCGAGCGCCUGAGCCACGUGGACUGUCAGCGCAGGGUGGCCUCUCCCGGGGCCCCGGGCCCUGAACUGAUCUUCCUGGCCCCGUGGACACGCCAACCUCCUCCCACCUUCCGCUGGCGCCCCCUCCCCGCCACCCCCGCAGGGGGAUGUGGCUUGUGGCCUCAAAAGGAACCACUCCCUGCCCUGCCGGGCAUCUCCUGAGCCCCUUGGCCUGGGCGUGUUGCCAGCCCCCUCCCUGACAGGCAGCGCCCCCGUGACCCCAUCCAGAACCAGCCCUCCGGGCCGGGAGAGCAGACACCUGCUGAGCCGCGUUGGGUGGGCGGUUUCCCCACAGGCCACACCGUCCUCUCCUCAACCUGUGUUGCCCGCCAAGAGACCAGUCCUUUUCUGAAA